AAGCGCUCUUCUUGGAUUCGACCAAAUACAGAGAUAGAACGAAUUAGAGGGUCAGGAGCGAGGGGGCCAUCAUAAUGUGGAUCAUUUCAUUCUGGAUCUUUCCGGUCAUAUCGGCCUCCAUGUGGAUAGCAAUGCUACUUGCAAUGCUGGGGAAUUGGGCGGUACAGGGCUCGCCGGUAUAUUCUAGUAUGGAAGAGGGACAGACAAUUGCGUACAUCUCCGAUAUUGGCGCACAGGGCCUCAAACCUUUGUUCAUCACCGGAAGUGUAAUAACGGUAGUCUUCCUGGAUCUCUCAUUCAUCGCCGAACGGUGGCUGCGACACGCCGGCCAGUUGGUGCCGAACAAAGGCAGGUUUGACAAGGCUUGUGCCAUUCUUUCUAUAUUCUUCUCGAUUGCGGGCGCCUUGGGGCUCAUUCUCUUGUCGAUUUUCGAUACGCUGCGCCACCCGCACAUGCACGACGGGUUCCUGGUCAUGUUCCUGGUUGGUUACAUCAUAAGCGCGAUUCUGAUUUGUGCCGAGUACCUCCGCCUGGGCGUUUUCUACCGCUCUCAGCAUCGGGUCCUAUUCGCCAGCUUUGUAAUAAAACUCAUGUUCAUUGUCAUUGAGAUCGCCCUCGCCAUUGCCUUUGCCGUCUGCGGCAAGAAAGGCGCUAGCAAGAGAAACGCGGCGGCUGUUUUGGAAUGGGUGAUCGCCCUCAUCUUUACAUUCUAUGUUCUUUCAUUUGUUGUUGACCUGUUACCAUCUGUGCGCACUCGCCGCCACGUUCCACAGGGCGAGAAGCGGAUCGUGAGGUCUGAGAUGGAGAAUGGCAUGGGUCAGCCUAACGCCACGAUUGAGGAGCCAUUAACGACUGACUCGGCCGGGCCUAAUAUGGAUUAUAGCUACUACCGUGGGCAGCGCAUGUGAUCGGCUUGUUUUGAUAUUCUUGCUUUUUAGAGUUGGUUUGGAUUUACGGUGCAUUAGGGUUAUGUAUGUGCUAUAUACCUCGGUGGGGCUGAUUUGAGUUGAUGUAUACGAUCCUUGUUUGGUUUUCUGUCUUCUUUUGGUCUUGUAUAUACCUCUAAUGUUUGGGAGCCUACUGGUUAUAUGAAUAAAACACUCCACAUGGUCAAAG